AUGCCGGACCCCGCGGCGCACCUGCCCUUCUUCUACGGCAGCAUCUCGCGCGCCGAGGCCGAGGAGCACCUGAAGCUGGCGGGCAUGGCCGAUGGGCUCUUCCUGCUGCGCCAGUGCCUGCGCUCGCUGGGCGGCUACGUGCUGUCGCUGGUACACGAUGUGCGCUUCCACCACUUCCCUGUCGAGCGCCAGCUGAACGGCACCUACGCCAUCGCGGGCGGCCGCGCUCACUGCGGCCCCGCCGAGCUCUGCGAGUUCUACUCUCGCGACGCCGACGGGCUGCCCUGCGCUCUGCGCCGCCCGUGCAACCGGCCGGCUGGGCUCGAGCCGCAGCCGGGCGUCUUCGACAGCCUGCGCGACGCCAUGGUGCGUGACUACGUGCGCCAGACCUGGAAGCUGGAGGGCGAGGCGCUGGAGCAGGCCAUCCUGAGCCAGGCGCCCCAGGUGGAGAAGCUCAUCGCCACUACAGCCCACGAGCGGAUGCCCUGGUACCACAGCGGCCUGACGCGCGAGGAGGCUGAGCGCAAGCUCUACUCGGGCGCGCAGACCGACGGCAAGUUCCUGCUGAGGCCCCGGAAGGAGCAGGGCACCUACGCACUGUCCCUGAUCUAUGGGAAAACCGUGUAUCACUACCUCGUUAGCCAGGACAAGGCUGGCAAGUACUGCAUCCCUGAGGGCACCAAGUUUGACACGCUGUGGCAGCUGGUGGAGUACCUGAAGCUGAAGGCCGAUGGGCUCAUCUCCUCCCUGAAGGAGGCCUGCCCCAACACCAGCGCAGAGGGGGCCACCGCUCCCACGCUCCCUGCCCACCCAUCCACAUUCAUCCACCCUCAGAGACGGGGGGACACCCUCAACUCGGAUGGAUACACCCCGGAACCAGCGCGCCCGGCCCCCGCAGACAAGUCGCGGCCAAUGCCUAUGGACACGAGCGUGUACGAGAGUCCCUACAGCGACCCCGAGGAGCUCAAGGACAAGAAGCUCUUCCUGAAGCGCGAGAACCUGCUGGUGGCUGACAUUGAACUUGGCUGCGGCAACUUUGGCUCAGUGCGCCAGGGUGUCUACCGCAUGCGCAAGAAGCAGAUUGAUGUGGCCAUCAAGGUGCUGAAGCAGAGCACAGAGAAGGCGGACAAGGACGAGAUGAUGCGGGAGGCGCAGAUCAUGCACCAGCUGGACAACCCCUACAUCGUGCGGCUCAUUGGCGUGUGCCAGGCCGAGGCGCUCAUGCUGGUCAUGGAGAUGGCAGGCGGCGGGCCACUGCACAAGUUCCUGGUUGGGAAGAAGGAGGAGAUCCCCGUGAGCAAUGUGGCCGAGCUUCUGCACCAGGUGUCCAUGGGGAUGAAGUACCUGGAGGAGAAGAACUUCGUGCACCGAGACCUGGCGGCCCGAAAUGUCCUGCUGGUCAACCGGCACUAUGCCAAGAUUAGUGACUUCGGCCUCUCCAAGGCCUUGGGUGCUGAUGACAGCUACUACACUGCCCGCUCAGCAGGGAAGUGGCCCCUCAAGUGGUAUGCGCCCGAGUGCAUCAACUUCCGCAAGUUCUCCAGCCGCAGUGAUGUGUGGAGCUAUGGUGUUACCAUGUGGGAGGCCUUCUCCUACGGCCAGAAGCCCUACAAGAAGAUGAAGGGUCCCGAGGUGCUGGACUUCAUCAAGCAGGGCAAGCGGAUGGAGUGCCCGCCCGAGUGCCCGCCUCAGAUGUAUGCGCUCAUGAGCGACUGCUGGAUCUACAAGUGGGAGGACCGCCCUGACUUCCAGACAGUGGAGCAGCGCAUGCGGACCUAUUACUACAGCCUGGCAAGCAGGGCUGAGGGCUCCUCACAGUCUGCACAGGGUGCCGAGGCAGCGUGUGCCUGAGCCCUGGCUGCAUGGAGUCUGGGACCCCAGGCCGACCUUUGUCCUCUGCUCAGGCUCCCCGGUCCUUUGGGCCUGGGGCAGGUGGGCUGAAGCAGGCUAGUCCUGGGCAGAGGGGCUGCCUCAGAACUCUCUCCCUCUGGACUCUCUGGCCCUGAGGGGGAAGGCUAGAGUCUGGGGCUGUCCAGGCUUCAAUCAUUGGAAUAAACUCAGCUUUUCUCUUG